AGGAGGAGGAGGAGGAGGAGCCGCCCUCCUCUUCCUCUCCGCAGAGCCGCUGAUCCAGUUCGCACCUGCGGCCUGAGUCGAGCUGUGGUUCCGGCAGCAGCAGCAGCAGCAGCAGCAGCAGCAGCAUGGGGGUCUCCGCGUCCAGCCUGCUGGAUGAAGCCAAGUCCGCCAACAUCAGAGGCCAGGCGCAGGCCGAGCUGAACGACUUCGCUCCGUACUACAGGAAGCAGUACUCUGUGGCCCGUUUCGGCCAGGUGGAGGACGAACUGGAACAGAACCAACAGCAGAUCACUCAGCUGCUCAGGCAGAAGGAGGCGCCAGAGGAAGCCAUCGUCCUCUACGAAGACUCCGUGUGGUACUUCGAUGACAACAGGAAGUGGAGGGAGCGGUACGUCGUGGUGAGAGCCAACUACUGCCUGGAGUGUCAUGAGAGCCUGCAGUCUUAUGUUAAAGGAGCCAACGCGUUUUACAAGCUGCUGCCUACAGGGGGCACUGUUCUGACCCAGGAGGAGAAGUACAUGGAGAUGGUGGACAAAUGCUACCCUGAUGACAGCAACGUGAAGGAGGAAUUCGCUCCUCCUCUGUUGGGGAUGCCGGGUCAAUUCCCGGUCUACCUGCGCCUGCCCUACAGGAAGGAUUCCUACUUCUGCUUCAAGCAGGAGGCCAAGCAGGCCGCCUUCAUCUCCUUCCUGUCGGACUGCAUCAAGCACCAGAACCAAGACUUCCAGAAGAAGAAGACGUGUGAAGUCCAGGCGUUCCUGAAGGCCAUCCAGCUGUUCCGGCAGGACCGGGGCGAGUACGAGGCCUGGGGCAUGCUGAUCGGCAGCGACGUGCGGGUGAUGGCCAACCUGGUGAUGGAGAAGCUGCUGCCGUCGCUGGGGAAGGACCUGCUGCCUCGCCUCAAAGCCAGGAAGACCGACAGGAAGAAGACCUGGUUCAUCACGAUGGAGGCGGCCUACAUCCUGGUCCAGGAGCAUCUGCUGGAGGGCCUGGCGGCUCUGAAGGAGGAGUGCAAGGUGUCCGUCCGGCAGCAGGAGGUUCUGAUGCACUCCGACAUGGACCAGAUCCUCAACACCAGGCGGCAGCUGGAGGAGAAGAUCCGAGCCAAGGUCUCUGCGCCGGCGGAGCAGCUGUGCUCCGAGUCCGUCCAGCCCUUCCUGGGCUCGGUUCUGGAGGAGCUGAUGGAGCCGAUCAGCUCCGGCUUCAUGGACGGCCGGCAGCUGAUGGAGACCAAGAUGGACGAGGUGUGCCGGGCCGUCCUGCAGGGAGCCGACAACGAGGAGCUGAAACAGGCUUUGGGUGAGAUGGCGAGACCGAACCUGCUGGACUGCUGCCUGAAGAUCAGCUCCCUGCAGGACAAACUGAAGCACCUGCAGGAGCGCUUUGGGUUCAGCACCAUGACGGCGGUGAUCCACGGCGCUCAGAUCGACCUGCAGCAGCUGAUGGAGAACGCGGCGUACACCCUGGAGCUGAUGCUGAAGAAAGCCAUGGAGGACAACCCGGAAACGGCCGGCGCCGUCAUGGACAAGGCCAAGCACAGGAUCCUGAAGCAAUUUGACUACGACAGCAGCACGGUGAGGAAGAAGAUCUUCCAGGAGGCCCUGGUCUCCAUCAUGCUGCCCUUCAUCAAGAAGAACCUGGUUGAGUCCUGCAAACCCGAGCUCCAAAGUCUGGAACAGACCAUCUACGGUGACUAUGCCAACUUCAUCCACGUGGAGAACGUCUAUGAGAACAUCCUUCUGCAGAUCCUGGACAAGGAGGUCUCUAAGGUGGUGAAGGAAGCCGCCAGCCAGCAUAAACACAACCUGUUCAAAGAAAGCAGCCAAGGCAGCCUGUCCUCCGUCUCCACGCCCAGCAGCCCCGCCCCGGCUCUGGCCUCCUCCGUCAGAUCCCCGUCCCAGACUCCUCCGUCUCCCCUGGCCGUCAACGGGCUGCCCCCCAGUCCCACAAAGGGGGAGGAGCCAAAUAUGGAGAAAGUAGGAGAAGAAGUCCUGCAGGCAGCCGAGACACUGCUGAUGGAGGUGGAACCUCCGGCUGUUUCUCCAGAACCUCUGGCUGUUUCUCCAGAACCUCUGGCUGCUUCUCCAGAACCUCUGGCUGAUUCUCCAGAACCUCCGGCUGAUUCUCCAGAACCUCCGGCUGCUUCUCCAGAAGUUUCAACUGCUGUAGAGCCUCCAGCUCCAGAACCUUCUUCUCCAGAACCUCUGGCUACAGUUGCAGAACCUCUGGUAACUGUAGAGCCUCCAGUUCCAGAACCUUCCAUUGUUUCAGAAGCUCCAACUCUGGUCCAAACCGAUGAGCCCGUGAAUCUUCCAGCAGAAGAAACCGGGUCCCAGGCUGCAGCCGCCAGCCAGCAGCCAUCAGCCUUGCUAGCGGCUCCCCCUGGUGGUGAAGAAGCAGAAGACGUCAGCCUGAAGCUGCAGCUGAAGACGGAGGACGCAGAGUCCCUUUCCGCCUCGGAUCCCAACUCCCUGGCCGUCUCGGUGAGAAGUGACUCUCCACUGUCCGACCUGGAGUCCACAGGAGGAAUCUCAGAAACCUCGGAGCUCCUGGAGGUCCAGUCAGCGCUGAGCCCAGAGGAGACAUCCGAGGACCAAACCUCAGUGGGAGAACCGUCCAUCCAGGCUCAGACCGGAGAAGUGGAGGCUGGAGCCGGAGCCACGGCGGAGAGUCCAGCAGAACCGCACGGAGCUGCGUUCUCCCCGCUGGCCGGGAACGUUCCCGGCGAGCCCGACGUCCAGCCGCCGGACUGCGUGAAGGAGAUCCGCAACCUGCUGACGGAGGUGGAGGAGUCGAUGUAUUGCUAUCCCAAAGAGGAAUGAACUGAUGGAGGGGGCAUCCAGAACCAGAACCGUCUUAAACUCCUGCAUGAAGAUAUAAUAACUUAUUUAAACAAAUCAUUUAUCAGGUUUUAGCUGGAAGCUACUUUAGGAACUUUUUAUGCUGGAAGCUUUUCCAAACUGUUUGGCUUCAUCAAAAAUUUCAGAUUCUGAAACUCAGUUUUUUCUUUCAAGAAUUGCUGAUUUUCUUUCAUCCAAUGUUUGACUUUUUAAACCAGACAGUUUCUAGAAAAAACAAGAAUAUUUCUGUUGGAAAUUUAGAGAUUUUUCUCAUAUUUGUGAGAUUAAUUUUAAGAUUCAUUUUUCUUUGUAGCAAAGUUUAAACUCUUCAAAUUCAGUUAUUUUUCCUACUAAAUUAAUCUCAAAAUGUGAGUUUUGUCAGGAAUGUGCUCCCUUACUGCCGUCGUUCCAGCAGCUGACCAGAACCAAGAAAUGUUCAAACUCACCCAGAACCAGGUUCCUGCUAUUCCCACUGAAUAAGUUGAUCAGAUUUAGAUCCGAAUCCCAGCAGGAACUGAAUUCCUGUUUCACCAGAACCGUCUGGUUCAGGUGCAGCAUUCUGGGACCAGCUGGUUCUGCUCCGUGGAUGAACUGGAGUUAGUGGGAAUUUAAAACACGUGGUGCCUUCGCUGUCCCUCCUGUGGCCUUAGAGGGCGCUGCCUGGAGGCUGUUGCCAUGGAGACGAGUAUGGGCAGCUUCCUCACCAAAGUGCCUGUAUCGGACCGGUUCUGUUCUCCCAGUAAACAAACGCAGCAGGACGAUGUCUCAGUUCUUAUUUCUCAUUUUUUGCAUCAGAUUUUACGUUCAGAUGAACUGAAACUCUGCAGUCACUGAAAAAACGGUGCAGUUUAGAUUCAGCGGGAUUCUGUUGGGUUGGGUCAGAACCAGAACAUCCUGGUCCUCCUGGUUCCUGAACCAACAGACAUCUGUAUUAAAGUUUAACAAUAAAAGCAUGAAGGUUUCA